CGACGAUGGACGAGGAGGCUGCGACGGCGCGCAUGUUUACCGGCAAGGGGAGCACCGAGGAGGAGGAGAAGGAGGACUCGGAGGCGGAGGAGGAGGAGGAGGGGACCGGCGUCCUCGACAUCAUCGCCCUGCCGCUGGCGCUCGCCAUGAAGUUCACCAUCCCCGACUGCCGCGAGGAGAGGUUCAAGUCGUGGUACUUCGUCACCUUCACCAUGUCGAUCGUGUGGAUCGGCCUCCUCUCCUUCGUCAUGGCCGACACCGCCACGCGCGCCUCGUGCAUCCUCGAGAUCCCCGAGCUGAUUGUCGGCCUGCUCGUCCUCUCCGUCGGCACCUCGGUGCCGGAUGCGCUCUCGUCGAUCAUCGUCGCCAAGGAGGGGAAGGGCGACAUGGCCGUCUGCAACGCGCUCGGCUCCAACAUCUUCAACAUCCUCCUCGGCCUCGGCCUGCCGUGGUGGGUCAAGAUCGCGCAGACCGGAGAGCCGUACCCGUGCCCCGACUUUUCGGAGCUCGGCGAGCCGAUGAUCCUCCUCGUCGGCUUCCUUGCCAUGUUCCUCAUCAUCCUCCAGGUGGGCAACUGGAAGCUCAAGCCCAGUGUCGGCUACGCACUGCUCGGAGGCCAGGCCCUGUACACCGUCUGGACGCUGCUCCGCAACAUGCCGGUCGGGCACCCCAUCAUCGUCGUGGGGGGGAAGUAGUUUCCCACGUGUUCGUGCUCCCGGAGCAGGCGUUCGGGGGACGCGGCACGGUCGAGGGCCCGGCCGCGACGCCCGCUUCUGGCGCAGCGGCGGCCUCGACGGAGGUUCGGUGCGGAGGGGGACUUCGGGCUGCGUCGAGCGACAGCAGACGCGGGGGUGAUGCCGCCAUUGCGGUGCGGUUGUGUCUACGGGGCGCAUAGAAGCGCAGUCGCACAGCACGCUGUGUGUAUUGACUCACUGUUGGAGCCGUAUCGGCUAUCGCUGGACGGGGUGCUGGAAUUUGCGUCCAUCCAGUUCCAGAAAUGGCUCGGACGGUGGGCUUGCAAAAGCCAAAAGCAAAACAGCGGGCGCGCGGCCGCGCGGGCCCCAUUUGUUUUUUGGCGAAAAAGCGUGCUACGGCCUAAAGGGUGUGGAUGCUGGGUUG